CCCGCCCAUUGACCCCAGCAUGCGCGCCAGAUACACCUGUCGCCAGUGCCUGGCCUCGCUCCAAACGGGCCUGCGUCCCCAGCGCGCGCAGCCAUUGAGACAGCUGGCCAGCGCUCGCCGAUGGCACAGCAGCCAGCCCACCAACAGACGCGCCGCGUCCACCCAGGCCGCCAACAAUGAGCCGGUGCAGAUGCCCCCCACGCCCCCGGGGUUGGACAACCAUCCCUCUAUGCCCAAGGCUACCAAUUCGCUGCUCAAGCCCAACAACCUGUUCCACCCCUUCUCCCAAUCGCCCUCGCCCGAGAUCCGCCGCCGUGCCGCCUUCAUAAAGCAGCACGCCUACUGCCCGCACGAGUCGCACCAGCAAACGCGCAUCGCCCUCGACCCCGAGGACCCGGAGACCAAAAAGGCCGUCCACGGCUCGCAGCCGCCCGCACACGUGCGCUACGAAUGCCCCGACUGCGGCAUCCCGGUGUCGUGCAGCGAGGAGCACUUCGCCGACGACUACGAGAAGCACCUCGAGAUUUGCGACACGUUGCGCGAGGUCAACGAGGACGACCACGACCUCCGCUCCGGCCGCUUCUUCCCCGAGUUUGAGUACCCCGGCGUGCAGAUGGAGGAGGCGCUGGUCAACAUGACCAACUGGGACACGUACCUCUACUCUCGCGAGCACCAGGCCAUCAACGACGAGCGCAGUCUGAGGCAGGCGACGCGGCUGCUGACGUACCCGGUCACGAUUGGCAGCGUGCUGCACGAGCUGAGCCCGUACAACAUCCGGACCGGAGGCCGCCUGACGGUCGAGGGGCUCAAGUCGUUUUCUGCCCUCCGCUACACCCUGCACCCUCCGCGCAGCGGCGGCGGCGGCGACAUCAAGGGCCUGCGGCCCAACCCGCCGCCCGUGCGCAUCUUCAUCCUGGGCGCGCGCGCCGAGUCGUCUCUGCCGCGCGAGGUGUGGGUGCAGCUGGCGCACAUGUUCCCGCGCGUCUCGUUCCACCUCGUCUUCAUCGGGCCCGAGUCGAUGGCGAACCGCGACGACGAGUUCCCGCUGCCGGCGCGCACGCCCGAGAACCCGUUCGGGGCCGUGGUCGAGGACCGCAUCACGCACUCGCUCAAGAUCAGCACGUUUGUCGAGUACUACCACACGCUGCAUGAGGCGGGCCAAUUCUACCCGUACGACCCGUACUUUGACUGCUUCAUGCUGUUCCACCCGGGGCUGGGCCACCCGGCCAGCUCGGCCGAGUGGGAGGCGACGCUGCCCAUGCUGCUCGAGACCAAGGUGCCCAUUCUGGCGACGGGCUACACCGAGUACGACAUGCAGCGCGACCUGAAGUGGGUGCAGGACAAGGUGGGCGGUGAGGUCGACUUGCUGCUCGAGCCGGGCGAGAAUCUCUUCCGCAGUCUGCGCUGGGACCUGAACGACCUGGACCCGCAGGACAUUUCGUGCGGCAACUGGGGGCUGUGGGCGUUUAGAGGAAAGCGGUACGAAACGACGAUGAGGGGCGGCGACUAGUGCGACGCCGAGCAUGCCGAGGAUGCCGAUGCGCGCAAAGUGGGGUAGCUUCGAACAUCUUUUGAGAGAGAUAAAAAAAAUGUAUAUAUGUACGUAAAAAGACAUUGAACAAGAGAUUAAUUUAUUAUCGCGAAG